CCGCGCGGAAAUUUGAAAACGGCUUUGUGAAGGAAGGGAAGGUCGGCCGUCCGAGGAAGAAAACUACAACUAAACAUGGCUCCCAGGAAAAGGACCACCAAACAACGGAAAAACAACCCCAAGACGGCCAAGGUGGAGGCUUUUCUGGAGGAUUUCGACAGCGAUGUGAAGACCAGAGUUGGGCAACUGAAAGAGAAGAUCAACCAGCUGCUGAAAGAUGUUGACAAUAGCUACAACAUGGCACUAAUUAAGCUCCCCAAGGCUGUUAGGCAAAUGGUCUGGUUGGAACAUUGCAAGUCUGAGAAACCAAAGUCACCAGAAGUGGAUAAUAUAAAGAGAGAAGAAGAAGCUGCUAUUGACAGCGUUGUGGCUGAGCACCAGGCAGUCCUUCUGAAAUCUGUCAAGAAAACCUCAAAGAAAAAAGGUGGAGCCAAAUCCAGUUCAGAGGAUGAAAACACCCCGAGCACAACAAAGAAGGGGAAAGCAACAAGGAAACCUCCAACUACAUCAAAAAGGGCAAAGACGCUGGCAGUCAGCAAGCAGAACACCUCAAUCAGACGAUCAACCAGGAAGCCAUUGGUCACUCCUGCCAGGAGUAUGCUGGAUUCUUCUUUGAUGAUGGGCCCCACUCCCCUCAUCACCCCACGCUUUGACCCAAGGCUUCCUAAGACCCCCGCUGUUAGAGUUCCCCGCCACAAAGAGAGAGUCUAUAGCAUUUCAGUCAACGGCUCUCCCAUUGCAGCAGGAAAUGAGGACGUUGUUAUCAACGUGCCGAUCGGCAAUGGAGAGAGCAUUCAGCUGUUGGCCAGUCAGAUGGACUCUGUGGACUUGUCACUACUGGAUGAAACCGCUCUGAAGAGCAUUCGACUGCUGCAGAAUCGCCUCACAACCCUGUGUGGAACAUCAGAGUGAACUAAUCGUCUGCUGUUGACUUGUACAGUGCUUUUAAGAAAUAUUAUCUUCGUUUCAAAGCCUUGUGUUUUUUCCUCUGGCAUGGUAUGUUUUAUUUUUACUGAUAUGUGAGAUUUUAAAAGAUUUAGCGUUGAUAAGAAAACAAUGUUUUGUCACUAUUUUGUUUUACUGGACAUAGUUUUCUUUAAGCCCAACACACUCACUGAAAUGCAUCCAGUUAAAGGCUAAGGUGGGUUUUUUUCAACGUGGACCAUAUUUUCCCACAUUUUUGUGUCUGUGACUAAUGGGGUUAACAUUUUUUGGAAUUGGUCCAGUAUUGAGCGAGCAUGCGUGCUGCAGUCAGCAGCAGCGAGACAGGGCAACAAUGUGAUCCAAAGUCAAAGUAUGUCCACUAAAGUGCAUAUUUUUUUGUUUUUUUGCUGACAGGCUAGUUUGUUUGUCGUGUAAAUUUUGUUUUUAAAGGGUUGAAAAGAGGGUAAAAUUAUGUUCUUUGUCAAGGGAGUCUGGUGGCUUUAAAGAGAGCAAUAUAGCAAUUGUUUCUGCUUAAACAAAAAAAAGCUUGCUCUUUUAAAAAAAAAAAAGCUUGCUCAAUACUGAACCAAAUUCAAAAGAAAUUUGUCCCCAUUAGUCACAUAGACACAACAACAGGGGGAAGUAGGCUCCAAGUUGCAAAAUACCAAACUUGCCCUUUAAUGAAAGCUGUUAAAUGUAUAAAUGUGGGUUAAAAUGUGUUAAUUGACCAUUUGCUACUAUAUUACUUACCUUUGUAAGAUAGCUUAGUCACCAGCCUUACUUACUUCACCUUUCAUUUUUAUAUUGGUAUUUUCUGUUGCUUUCGGAGAAUUAGGCUUAAUCCUGGGCCCACUUCUGCCUAAUGUCUGUCUCAUUUUAAUGCUAUUCCAGUCAUUUAUAACUGUUGGCCAGUCAGACAUGUAAGGUCUUUUUGUUGUACUUCAAGCCUAAAAUGGACAGGCCUGUACACUGCAAAUAUGAUUUACUGUUCAAUCUUUGUUUUGUAAGUACACUGUCCUAACUUUUUUUUUUUUUGUUUCCUUUUGUCAUUGUUGAAUUAUCAAUCCUUCCAUGUUUCUAUAAAUCAGUUUGCAGUUGCGUUAUUAGUGCAAAGGCAUACUUCUUGUACAUAGAUCUUUCUUUGUCUGCAGAACUGAUAAAGGAUUUUGACCACA